CCCAUUAGUACUUCUAUGCAUCGCGAGAGAGAGAGAGAGCAAAGAGCUUUGCAGAACACAGCGAUGUCGCACUCGAGUUGGAAAGCACAGGGAAGGGCGUGAAAGUGAGAACAGGGCAAGAAUGAUGGCUAGGCGAUCUCUGUUUCUUGAAUUCCUUCCCUUCAAUGCCUCGAGAACACCGCGCCGUACCUGUGUUGGGACUCUCGCUACUGGAUCCCGCCGUUUUCUCUCUUCGGCUAAAGUUUUAGAAUUUGAAGGUGAUGAGCUUCCUGAUGAUGCUAGAGCAACUGAAAAAGAUACUGCAUUACGCUUAGCUCUCUCGAGGCUUUCGGGUGAUUUUGGCAAAGAGUCUAUGUUGUCAUUGCAGCGCUUCUUUGGUUCAAGAUGUUUGCCUGUGAUAUCUACAGGUUCAUUGAAGCUUGAUGUAGCUCUUGGGAUUGGAGGAUUACCAAAGGGAAGAAUAGUUGAAAUUUUUGGGCAAGAAGCAUCAGGCAAGACGACACUUGCUUUCCACAUCAUCAAGGAAGCUCAAAAGCUUGGAGGAUACUGUGCAUUCCUUGAUGUGGAGAAUGCAAUGGACCCUUCCCUGCUCGAAUCAAUUGGUGUAAACCCAGAAAACCUUCUCAUUUCUCAGCCAGAUUCUGCUGAAAACGUGUUAUGCAUGGUUGAUACACUAACCAAAAGUAGAUCAGUUGAUGUAAUUGUGGUUGAUAGUGUAGCUGCUCUUGUUCCCCAGCGUGAACUUGAUGUUCCCAUGCUCAGCACUGGCAAGGACUUACAAUCACAAAUAAUGACUCAGGCCCUUCGGAAAAUCCAUUACUCGUUAUGCAACUCUCAGACUCUAAUCAUAUUUAUUAAUCAGGUGAGAUCAAAUUUGGGGUCGAUGAAGGGCUCAGGGCAUGCAGAUCUGGUAACUUGUGGUGGAAAUGGUUUGCGAUUCUAUUCAGCUAUUAGGAUGAGAAUUCGAAAAACAGGGUUUCUCAAGACUGAGGAUAAGGUUACUGGUGUUGGGAUUUCUGUGCAAGUAGUCAAAAAUAAAUUGGCUCCUCCGAUGGGAAAGGCUGAACUAGGUAUUCAGUUUGGGAGAGGCAUUUGCUAUGAGUCUGAGGUCUUGGAUUUGGCUUGCGAACAUGGAAUCAUUCUGAAAGAAGGAAGACAUUUCUUCAUAGAAGAUCAAGUUCUAACAAGCAAGCAGGAGGCCGAAUGCUAUCUGGCUGAAAAUGGCAGGGUUCUGGAUCAGAUGGUGACUUCUUUAAGAAGAAAGCUAUUUCAAGGGGAACCCUAGUUAGGAAUCAUACUCAUGAUUGCUCGUUUUCAGAGCUCCUGGAUCUGGUUCUUCCUGCAACAAGUCCUGGCAAUUCUCGAUCAGUGCUGGUAGCUUCUGUUGUUGUAGACAAUUCAUUUUUUGAGGGUUGCUUUGCUGCGACCCUUUAGGGACACCCCAUAAAAUUGGAACCAUACUAGGUUGGCCAUCUGCUCCAUCUCAAAAUGGUAUGGUUUGGUGUGUUGGGAAGAUCCAUCUCUUCUUGGGUCAGUGUUUCUCUAGUUACUGUCCAACAAUUCGUUCCCAAGUUAGGCUGAUUUAUGGGGGAGUCUUCUGCCAUUGUUUCAGCCAGAAGAGCAGAUCUGUUCUAUUGAUAGAGCUACUUUAUCAUUGUAAAAGUACUCUCUACUAUGUGCUAGUCACUUAGAAAUAGUUCACUGUGAAUGUUACAAGUACAUAUUAUUUUCCUUC